AUGGAUCUAAACCAGCUGCCACCUGACUUUGACUAUGAUUUCAUCUCAAGACAUAUUGAAGAUGCAAUUGAGAGCAAUCCAAAAAAUUGCACUCAGCCUCCCCCUAUCCAGCAAGACUCCCCAAGCAUUUCUGAUAUAUUACUGGACAAGUUCUGCAUGAAGAGGGUGAGGUGUGGUCUACGCCGCAAGUCCCCUAUACUGCUAAUGGCUGAGUUCUAUGGCUCCAUUGAACUAGUACCGUACGUAGGCAAAGAUGUCAGUAACUUCCGGUCCACACUUCGUACCACUGAAAAGUAUAAAGACAUGCAAGAAACACUAGACUACUUUGAAGAGUUGAAAGUGCAAGAUGACCCUGAUUUCUUCUACAAGUUCAAGUUGGACAAUGAUUAUAAGAUUCAGAACCUAUUCUGGGUGGAUGGUUCAGCAAGGAAGGCGUAUGAGGCAUAUGGUAACUGUGUUUCAUUCGAUACGACAUACAUGACUAAUAUGUAUGACAUGCCCUUUGCCCCCUUCAUUGGAAUAAAUAGACAUGCUCAAUCGUUCCAGCUAGGAUGCGCAUUCCUAAGGGAUGAGAAGACAGAUAGCUUUGUUUGGCUUUUCAAAGCAUUCCUUGAAGCGAUGAAAGGCAAGGCUCCCCUUAAUAUAAUAACAGAUCAGGAUGGGGCUAUGAGGCUGGCAAUUGAGCUUGUCUUCCCUAAUACAAAUCAUCGAAACUGCCGGUGGCACAUAAUGGAUAAAGCUUCUAGAACAAUUGGUCCAUACCUUUCAUCUAAUCAAGAAUUGAAGGAUGAGUUUACAGACUGUAUUAACUACAGUUAUGAGAAAAUUCAGCAAAAGUACCUUAUUGCUCAGGAUGGUCAGGACUUUAGGACUGAUGAUAAUGAACGACACACAUGGUCAAAGUACCCUAUUGAGAAAUAUGCAUCAACUGUGUACACAAAAGGUAUUUUCUAUAAAUUCUCAAAGGAAUUUGAAAAGACUGCAGAAUAUGAUGUGCAGGAGCAUGAAGUGCCCUACCAAUACAAGCUAGUACCGAAUGACAAAUUUGUUAAAGACUAUGGGACUAGGUCAUAUAUUGUGACAGCAAUUGAAGAAGAAACAAGUUACUAUUGUGAGUGCAGCAAGUUUGAUAGGGAUGGGAUAAUUUGCUGCCACAUCAUGAAGAUUUUGAUCAAAUUUGGUGUGAAGACCCUGCCUGAGAGAUACAUAUUGAAAAGAUGGACACAACAAGCAAUUCUUGUUGACACAGAUAUGUCUGCUGAUGCAAACAUUUCUGUUGAUAUUGCGGCUAGUGGUAUGUCUUUGCAGAACAAGAGAACACUGAGAUUCAGCAACCUUGCUUCUGCACUUGCAAAAUUUGCACGUGAAGGUUCAAACUCAGAUGAUGCUCAUUCUAUUGUUACUAAGCACAUCGAAAUGAUGCAAUCUGAACUUGCAGAUCUAAAAAAGAGGAAGAGUAAGAGGAAGAAGACAACUGUUGUUCCUAGCAAUGACUUUUCUGUUGCAAAUGUAUCUCAGUCUCUUUCUAAUGCAACUACGACAACUUCACCUCCUGGUCAUGCCACUACAGCUACUAUGUCUACUCCUAACCCAAAUGUGCCUGCUCCUGCAGAUUUUUAA